CACACACACAGUCAAUUUCUGACACACACAUUUUACAAUAGCAUAUGAACAAAAGCCAUUUAGUGUUAUUAUAUGAACACAUCAUAAAGUUGUUAGCAGUGGGUUUUUUUCCAGUUUAUAACAAAACGUCUUUUUGAGGAAACACAAGCGACUAAUCUCCGGACUUCCUGUUUAAAGCCUGGCUGUUGACUGGUAAAAGGGGAUGAGGUCCUUGGAAGAUAAUAAAACUACCCAAUGAAACCGGAAUAGAGCUUCAGUCAAAAUGAGCUGGAUUCCCUUCAAGAUUGGACAACCGAAGAAGCAGAUUGUCUCUAAAACCGUUGAAAGAGACUUCGAGCGGGAAUAUGACAAGCUUCAAAAGCUGGAAGAUCAGACAAAAAAGCUUCACAAGGACAUGAAGAAAAGCACUGAGGCUGAUUUAGCCAUGUCCAAAGCAGCAGUGAAGAUCUCUGCAGACCUGCUGAGCAACCCACUGUGUGAUCAAGACCAGGCCUUCGUGGACUCCAUGACCGCCUUAGAUACCGCUAUGAGAAGGAUGGACUCCUUCAACCAGGAGAAGGUCAACCAGAUCCAGAAGACCGUUAUUGACCCGCUGAAAAAGUACAGCGGCGUCUUCCCCAGCCUCAACAUGGCAGUGAAGCGCCGGGAGCAGGCUCUGCAGGACUACAAACGCUUGCAAUCCAAAGCGGAGAAGUACGAAGAGAAAGACAAAACCGGGCCCGUUAUGGUCAAACUGCAUCAGGCCAGAGAGGAGCUCCGACCGGUCAGGGACGACUUUGAGGUCAAGAACAAGCAGCUGCUGGACGAGAUGCCCAAAUUCUACCACAGUCGCAUCGACUACUUCCAGCCCAGCUUUGAGGCUCUGAUCAGGGCGCAGGUUGUCUACUAUACCGAAAUGUACAAGAUCUUCAGCGAGUUAACGGACCAGAUCGACCAGGCAGGGCUGACAGACGAGCAGAGGGAGAGGGAGACCGAGGCCAAGCUCAGCGAGUUGCGUGCUCUGUCCAUUGUUGCCGACGACUGAGGGAGGACCGUCGAAAACCGGGAAGGGUUCCUUUCAUGCCUCUCUGAAUGGAUUGCAGUCUUUUCAUGCUCCUUCGUGCAGUUCAAACGGACGGCAUUAGCCUUAACCUGAUAAUCAGAUUGUUUCCUUGCGGCCUCAUCGCCCCCCCUCUCCCCCCACCCCCCUCCUCUUGCGCUACAAUCCCAUGUUUUAUCCUUUCUACAGACACUUUCUACAGAAGCUGAAAUGCCACAUUAAACUAAGCCAUUAGCCACGUGCAGCAUUAUAAGCCAAUGUUUUUUUUCUUAAUUCUUUUUUUUUUUUAAGGAAUCAAACUGUUCUCGUCAGAACUAAUUUACAAGGGUACACUUUGUGGUGACAGAGUUGACUAUUAGCGUUUGCUUCUAGAGCAGGAACGUUUUCAUUAGUCACAUCUGCAAUGUCACUAAGAAAUUUUAAAACUGUCUUUUAAUGGCCUACGUUUUAAACAAUAAAAACUACAGGUGGAAUGUUAUGCAAUAUACUGUAGGUUCCCGGCAAUAAAAUGUAAGUGUGUAUUUCGGCCUUUGGCGAAGUCCAGCAUUGUGCCAUGUUAUGAGGCCUUGUCAUUGGGGUUUAUUAGAACGGUUUGACAAUCACCUGCGCAUGAAGUGCCUACGUUGUGCUGCCUGUGGACGGAGGUUGUGCAGCAGUGUUGAAAGGUCGACCACUCGCACCCGAAGAGAACAAGCUGCUGUAUGAAGUCUGAUCAAAAACAAAGGCUGGUGCUCCCUCUAGUGGAAGAUAUCAAUCAUAACCGUUUAUACUUUUUAUUCACACAUCCAUCCUUUUAUGUUGUGGUUCCGUUUGUCUGUUAGCAACACAUUUCCAUGAGUUUUGAACCAAAUCAUUGCACUCCUGUGUUUCCAUCAGGUACGGCCUCAGUAUCGACACGUAUGACCUGUGGAUACACACGUUGUUCCAAUAUCAUGUGAAGGGGUUUCAUACCAAGAACUUAACUAUUUAUUCUUCCACAUAUUUUCAAAUUACUAAAACAAAUAGUGAGUUUUUAUUUUACUUACACAUGUGCAUUAAUGAAGGUUUUGGGAAAUAAUGAAGUUAAGUGAAGAGAAAUCUUCACACCAAGUAAUUAAUAGACUAGACCAAUUUUCUUUCAUGUAUUGUACUAAAUCUGUGAAAUUAUGAAUUUUCAACCAUCAUUGUAAUGUAUAGUCUAUUGUGAAAUAAAUUAACUGAGAAUA